UUUCACCCGGAGUACACCUCCUUCGACAGCACACUUUCAUGGUGACCAUGAGGAGUUUUUUGCUGCUGCAACUUUGGAUCGGGUUCUUAAAAGCGUCGGCUUUUGCUGCCGCUUACAUUUUUCCUUCAUCCGCCCGCAGCCUGAGACGAUGUUUUCAGGAAAAGGGGACAUGCCCGUUGCCAUUGUCUCACUCAUCCAUCACGUCUGGCUGGACAGCCAUUUUUAGUUCCAUGGAAGACACAGAUGCCGCCACGAUCAACGGAGAACAGUAUCCUGCUGAUACUAGUGCAAAUGGUGGUGGGCUUGUUACGACUGCCGACUCUCGGUCGCAGCUGUUUUCUGCUUUCUCGGCGUUGACUGCGGAAGAUCAGUACGAUGCUGUCUUGACUGGUCUUUGUGCUAAGAUUUUGGACGACACGACUAUUGUGGAAAGAGCUGCAAUUGAGCGACUCAAGGACCCCACCAAUCUAUUGAAUGAAAUGAAUUCCAGGCGAAUACAGGCCAGCCCUCGAUCUAUGAUGGCGCUGAUCGAUUCAACUGUGAAAGCACAAGAUGCGCAGACCAUGGCUCAAAUGCUGUCUUUGAGCGUCCGGAACGGAAGUGUCACGCGUUACGGAGUUCGGCAGGCUGACAUUCUACCACUUCCCCUAGCCGCAACGUCGAGAGUCAAAUGCCCCGAUGGAUCAAUGAAAACUCGUUCGGAACGCUUAUCUACCGUUGCCGAUAUACCUUUUGAUGAACGAGGAACGGAAGUGAAAAAUGCCUUUGGAGUAACUGCCGUCGCGGGUGGUUGCUUUUUCACAGAUGUUGCUGGCAUGGAUGACAUUGCGCCCUUUGCCAAUGUAUUCCUCAGUACUCUUAUCGUGGUUGGUGCUCUCGAUAACUUCUACGAUUUAUUUAAAACAAGCACGUCAAUGAUAGCCAAACAGGUGGCAAAAAAUGGAGCCGCGGAUUUUGAACUUCCUGAAAAGGAUGCCUUGCCGUUUGGGCUAGGUUCAGGCCAGUUGACAGGGAGCGUCGUCCGUGGCUUUGCUCGACUUUUGACGACCGAUGCCGAACGAGAGUCAUUGUGCGAGGCAUCGGCUUUACUUACUGCGUAUUGCACGGGUCUGCCCUGUUUUGCGUACCGACCGAAUGCUUUGGAAGCAUCUGUCCUAGUCGUCGAAAGUACCAAGAACAGCAACGGGAUGGACUCACUUUUGUCCAGCGCGGGGAUUAUGCGUGUUCUGGUCUGGCUCCUGGCUCCCGUUGCGGCUGAGUCUGCCAAGUUCCCUGUAUGUAUUGUGAGCAACCCGAGGGAAGCGGAAUCUUUUUUGGACCGACUGGAAGAAUUCGCUGCGAAGGAUCCUUCUCUGGCCGACGAGAUAUUUUGGACGGGAAACAAGCAAGAACGUAAGGAUUUGCUCAAGUGGGCGUAUACGGAAGCCGAUUUGUUGCUACGUGAGAAUCGCAAGAUCUUGCAGGAAGUUACGGAGCGCUUGACCGGGGGAGCAGCAACAGUAGGAGAUUGUAUCGCGGUUCUAGAAGAAUGGUAG